AUGCCGCCUAAGCUUUCCAAAAGUGAGAAGCAGGAGCUGAUCCUAACUCACCUACGCGCCACUGGCACCUGUCAUACGCUGAAAGAUCUGGAAAAGGCGCUCCCCACCGUGGCCUCCAUCAACAGCAUCCAGGUCAAAGAAUACAUCCAGGCACUCACCAAUGAAAACAAACUACGAGUCGAAAAGAUCGGCAGUGGGAAUUGGUACUGGAGUUUCGGAAGUGAUGAAAAGCAGGAUUGCGAGCGCCAGUUGGCCCGGGUGAAGACGGACGUGGAGAAAGCUUGGAAAUCCUGCACUGAUGCUGAGGCGGGCCUGGCCGCUGAAACCGCACAGCGUCAACAGGAGGCCGACGACACCGGCUGCGAUGCAGAGCGAGAGAUCCUGCAAAGCCAGAGAGCCGACCUACAAGACGAGAUUCGUCGGCUCCAGGCUGCAGAGAUUUCUGCAACCGACUCGGUCAGCAACAAGGGCGUGCAGCAGCUCCAGACGGAGCUAGCGGGGUUUCGGCAGCGGGCGCUUCAGUGGACCGAUAAUGUUUACGUGCUGGAGGAGUAUCUGCGCAGAUUGGCUAGCGGGGACCGGGAGGUUGUCGAGGCAAUUCUGCGCGAGUGCUACGGGGUCGAUUACGUGGACGGCGAAGGCCUACAAGAGUUAUGA